GGUUAUAAUACCUCAGGUUCCCUGUUUUACUUAAGCAAGGAACUUAUAUAAUUAUUUAGUUUAAUUUAAUACAGAUGCCAUAUAUUCGUGAUUUAGAUAAAUAUAUUCGUAUUUUUUAGUAAAGAAAAAUAUCUAUUCAUAAAAUAUGGCAGCUGGAACCUAUUAUUUUGUUAUUGUAGGCCACAAAGAUAACCCAAUAUAUGAAUAUGAGCUCUUACCUAUUAAUAAGGAUAUUAAGAAAGAAGAACACAGACACCUUAAUCAAUUUAUUGCCCAUGCUGCUUUGGAUUUGGUCGAUGAACACAUUUGGAAAACUAAUAAUCUAUAUUUGAAAACUGUUGACAAGUUCAAUCAAUGGUUCGUAUCCGCUUUUGUAACGGCUAGUAGGAUGAGGUUUAUCAUGGUUCAUGAUGCCAAAAAUGAAGACGGUAUCAAGAAUUUCUUCAUGGAAGUGUAUGAAAUGUUUAUUAAGUACCUGAUGAAUCCGUUCUACCAAAUGAACUCACAAAUUAGAUGCCCUUCUUUUGAUAGGAAAGUGCAGUUUUAUGGGAAAAAAUAUUUGCAAUAAUCCAUUUGCUGUUAUUGUAUUCUUAAAUUUAUAAAAUAUUUUAGUUAUGUGUAUAAAGUGCAUGUAAAUAUAUAUUAUUUUAUUUUAUCUGUGAUAUAUUAUAUGACUUGUUAUUCUUAUUCGUUUAUUUUAUAUUUUUUUU